GAUGCGGCCGGCACUAGGACCUGCCUGGAGCCGCUACGCGGCAGCCCGUAGGGAGGGAUAAAUAUAGCCGGGUAAGAUUAGCGGAACACACCAGCAGAGCGCGGGUGGCCGCGCCGGCACCGGGAGCCCCGCGCCGCCCCCGGGGCCGGUGGGUGCCCCGUGCCCGCCGAUGCUCCAGCUCUGCCCGGUCACGGCCUCGCUGCUGCUGGGCACGGCCAGGGCGGCGUGCGACGAGGAGCUGCUGGCGCGGGAGGGGGUCACCUUGUGCGUGAAUGUCACCCGGCAGCAGCCCUUCCCCGCGCUGCGGGGCGUCCGCCGCAUCCGCGUGCCCGUGUUCGAUGACCCGGCCGAGGACCUGGCCCGCUACUUCGAGCCCUGCGGCGCCGCCAUCGAGGAGGCCGUGCGGGCCGGGGGCAGGUGCCUCGUGUACUGCAAGAACGGCCGCAGCCGCUCCGCUGCCAUCUGCACCGCGUAUCUCAUGAGACACCGGCAGCUGCCGCUCAAGGACGCCUUUGAGGCUGUGAAAACUGCCAGACCCGUAGCAGAGCCGAAUGCAGGAUUUUGGUCUCAGCUGCAGAAAUAUGAAGAAGAAUUGCAGAUCCCAAAGCACUCUGCUCCGCUGAGCGAAGGACUUAAAAAUAGCAAUGUGUGAAGAUACUUUAAAGAAAGUGAAGUGACUUGCUACAGGGUUAAAAAAAAAGAAAAAAAAUCACUUCCUAAAUCACCUGUAUGUAAAACACUUUACCCCCAUAACUGGGUUGAUGUUCAUUAAAUUCAUUCAGAGCAUUUCUGUUGGUAAUGCAUGGAAAGAGGGCAGAUAAGCAGGGAAUAAAGAGCAGAACCAGAAAAUGGUUGGAAGGACUGUAAACAAACAGAGAAAGGCCUGGAAUCUUCAGCAGUUAUUGUCCCCUGAAUGACACUGAGUAUGGUAACAAUGUACUGAACAAAGGAAGGAGUUACCACACAGGGAUUUUAUUCCUGUUUUUAAAUUAAACUUCCCAGUGAUGCCAUUAGAACACAUGAUGCCAGACCAAGGAAGUUCUGAAUUUCUCUCUCACCUACUGGAUCAUAAUUCAUGCUAGUGAGCUGACACAGCCUUUGGUGGGAAACUGAUAGUGGUUGAUGCUUUGUCUCUGUGAUUUUCCUUAUGUUCAACUAGAACAAAGCACCUUCAAAAUUACCUAAAAAUCCAGAGGACAGAAUAUACAGUAAUGGUAAGGAGUUCUGCUCCCAUCAUGCAGGCUAAGUGCCUUUUCAGCUUUUGAAAUUGUUCUCUAAAACACCAAAGGAAUUAUUUUAAAAACUGCAGAUGAUAGUGGAGGGAAGAAGAUGACACUGGCAAUCCAGAAGCAAUCACCACUCCUUUUAGCUUUAUUUACUCAGUCUAACAGGGCCCAGUGCAUGCCUUAAUGUGUUACAAGUCAGCUGUUCCUGCAUGCAAGCAGCAUGGCUAAAUCAUUUCUGCUGAGACUGCUUACAGGCUGCCCUCUGAAAUUAUCUAUUGGGCAUGAAAGUCCCAGAUCAGACUGCUACGUGUUUAUCAUCAGCCAUUCAAAACAGAGUUUUGUCAAACUGUAUGAACACAUUGUAAUUUAAAAGGGACAAGUUAUGGAACCUGAGAACCUCAGGGUGAAAUUCCAUUCCACCUUGCUGAAAGCAUAAAUAAAAAGUAAAGUUAGCUCACUGCCACCUGCCUAAGUGCUCACACAAGGUAAACAUAUGCUCCCAGCAGUGGAGUAUUUUAAGGUAGAAAUUCUAAUGAUGGAACAAUGGCAGAAAAUCAAACCACUGGGGAAUUACAUGAAUUAGACAAUUCAGAUGCAGUACAAGUUCCCAAAGUUAAAGACUGCUCAGAGUUAAAGUAGUGUUAUUUUAAAAGCUGAAACCAUAGAAAUAAAAAUAAAAAUUUCAGGCUAUCAUUUUCUUAGUUACCACAAAGCAUUUUUGCACCAGAUGCUUUCUCCACUCCCAGCUGUGUUUUGUUCAUUCUGUGUUGUUUAUCUU